UUUGCUAUCGAUCUGAGGAAGAGAGGAGAGGGGAGGAUUCUUAGGUGAGGCAGGGAGAGAGAGAGAGAGCGGAGCCGAGAUGUAUUGCUACUACAACUAGACUAAACUCAACCAGGACGGAAUAGCCUGCUAGAGACACACCGCGGGGUCCGGGAAGGAAAUCUGAUGCAGGGGGCGAAGAAGGAGUGAAAGUUUUCGGUGGAAGGACUUUUAUUUUUCCAUCGCUACUGUUUUUCCCCUUUUCCUCCUCCUCUCCUUUUCUUUCCAUUCCUCCGCCCUUACGGAUCGAAUUCCGCGGAGAAACUGCACUUGAAUGCCCCUGCGCACCCGAGGAGGAGUGGAAGGAGAGAAGAGCAAGGAAGGAGAAGAGAGCGAGGGAGAAGGAGAGCAGAGGCCUGACUUUUCGGAAACCCCGCCGCCGCCCCUCACCCCUCUCCCCCGUGGAUAUCUGUCCCCUCUCCCCUCCUGGCCCUGCAUGGACGGGGAUGGGGAGAGCCGGAUGUUAUUACCGCGGGGCUGAGAGCCUCGCAUCCUUGCCGUGUGUGCCCCACCUGCGGCCGCUGCUGCUGCUGCUCCUCGCUCUCUGCUACGGGGCGCACAGAGGUAGGCUAACUAGAGAACUUCUGAUGUUAAUUUCCUCAGGAGCCUCAUCGGGACCUAGUUCCUUGUCCGCGGAAAACUUCAGAUCGAGCGCUGUGAAUGUGACAUAACAGUUAUAGGCUAAUGGGGAGUUAAUAACCAGUUAAUAAUGCCAAAACUAGGAAUUCGGGAUUGGCCUUACAUGUGGUUAAGAUUAGUCUAUAGUGUAUCUUAUAGGCCUGUGUGUUGUAGCCUAUUGGAGUGUAUUGGAACCUGGACCUCCCGUCGUCGUCGUUAUUUUCUGAUAUUGCCUGUCUCUUUCUCUCUCCCGCGGACCGCAGUAGCGCAGCAGUCAGAAUGGAACGUGUUUCCUUCCCCCUCGCUCUCUCGUUUCUCGUGAGUUUCUCCCGUGGUGGCUCUGCGGUGGGUCGCUAUGGCUGAUAGAGAAAGGGAAGGGUGGCUCUGCUGAUGUCUUGGUGUCAGGUCCUCUACAUCCAGCCAGGCUAACAAAGGCUUGUUGACACAGUUUUAAAAUAGUGUAGGCUUAUAAUAACAAUGGGAAUGUAAAUGAUAAUUGGGUAUAAUUAUGUCAUGAAUGUCUACAUUUUAGCCUACUUUUACUUUUAAUACACAAAAUAAUAGAGUUCAAUUUAAUAGGACCAAAUGGAGACAAUAGAAUGGAAUGAAAUGUAAUAAACCAGAAAAGAACAGAACCAUAUGGAGACAGUGUAAUUAAGAAUGUGUUCUUAAUUGAAUUAACAUGUAUCAAUAAAGGUUAAAUAGAAAUAAAACACAGAAUAGAAUAGAACCAUAUAAUCUGGAAUAUAUUAGAAUGGAAUAAAAUCAUACAGAAACUAUAGGAUUGGUAAAUAGAAUAGACUAGAAUACCAGAGGGGCAGUAGUAGGCUAGGCUACUUGAAGUCAUCCUAUAGAGGCCUGGUUUGCCCUUGUGACCCGGAGCUGGCUGACUGUUGUGCCCACACAGAGAGCCCUGUUCUGGACUGGCACUGUGACAGCCCACCACUCCUCUCUGGAUGUCCCCCAGCCAUAACCCAGACCCCAGGCCCUGUCAUGCAGUCGUGCUCAAUGACUCUGUGUGUGUGUAUUUGUGUGUGUGUGUGCAAAGCAGUCACACCUCUGGUAAUUCGUUUAACACAGUCCCAGGCAGCUGGACAUGACACUGUCUGUGCACAGUUCUCUUCAGUAGGGGGAUGGGGACGGGUUGGGAAGCAUGAAAAGCACGGUGACGCUCCCUGUCAAUAAGAAUUUACAUUUGAAAUCAAUUACAUUUUAAAUGAUCUAUUUAGAAGUUGGUCCUAUUUCACUUUUUUAAAGUUAGUUCAUGACACCAUAUUACACAUUUCACAGUAUAAUUGCAUUUAAUUUAUCAGCAUGUCCUGUCUCAUUGUGGAUGUCAGAUGUUGCAACGAGGAGAUAUACACAACACAAACAACAACUAUUUAGAAGAAACAGUGACUUGGUGUGUGUGUGUUAUAGUGUUGUUGGUGUGUGUGUGUAUGUGUGUGUGUGUGUGUGUGUAGCUAGCUAGCUAGUAACAAGACUUGGUGUGUGUUAUUGUGUUGAGGGUGUGGUGUGUGUAGCUAGCUGGUAACAAGGCUCCAUAGCUGUCUUCUCAUAGUGCUCAUCACCACCGGACUGUGUGUAGCUAGCUGGUAACAAGGCUCCAUAGCUGUCUUCUCAUAGUGCUCAUCACCACCGGACGCAUCAGACCAGCUGGGGAGUCAUCAGCUAUCACUCCUGAUAUUAUAUUGCAGUGUCAUUACCGCCAGCCAUCCCCACAAUUUACCGUUAUUCAGCCCUGUGUGUGUGUGCUUGUGUGUGUGCGUGUGUGUGUGUGUGUGAGACGUACAUGUGUUUGGUGUGGAGGUUUAAUCUCAAGAUUCAGCCUGAUAAUGAGAAUGUGUUUAGUUGUUCACUCAUUGUAUCUGUGAGUAACUCUCUGUGUGUGUGUGUGUGUGUGUGUGUGUGUGUGUGUGUGUGUGUGUGUGUGAGAGAGAGAGAGAGAGAGAGAGAGAGUGAGAGAGAGAGAGCAGUGAGCUCUGGAUCCAUGGUGUUUAAAUACAACACUGAUCAAAAAAACGUAUACUUUAAAACAUCAACCAAUCCUCCAUCGUUAACACAAUGGAAAGGUCAAAUGCUUUAUUAUCUAAACGUUGAAAGUGUGUGGGUGACGGAGAGAAACAAAAUGGUGCCUGUGGCGGAGAAUGAUGUGGGCGCUGGAGAUGGGUCUGCCAGGGUGAUGUCAUUAAUGUUUGUUUGUGUUUGUAUGUGCAUGUUUUGUAUUGUUUGAAAAAAUAUAUUCAACACUGAUCAGUGGCUGGGAGGAGAAGUGACUCCUGGACAGGGAGAGGGGUGGGCUAUGUCUGGCCUCUACCCACGCAAGUCUGAGUGAGGCUGAGCUGGGAUUUCUCACCAGAAGCCCAGUUUGAAUGUGUCAUUCUGUAAACACUGGGACAUAGAAAACUAAUUUGUCCAUGAGGGAAGCCUGAGAGGGUCAGACGAUAAUGUUUGCAUUGUGUGUGUGUGUCUGUCUGUGUGUGUGGCAUCCAGCUGUUAUUUGAUUUCCUUAUUUCAGUAAAUAUCUGUGUGAGAUGGGAAAGGUGGAGAUUGAUCGACACAGAGAUACCUACCAACUGUAUGUAGCCACACUCCACCUGCAGUACUUAUUGAACAACAUCAGUCAUACUGUAAAAAGAGAGUUGGAUCCAGUCAUGAUGAGGAUUUGGGUUAGUUCUAAUUCUAUAUGUGGCUCUGGGUCUAGGCUUUCAGAGGUGUGUGUGUGUUUGUGGCUGUGUGUUUUUUGAGGAGUAGUGUCAGUAUUUAACACACUGGAGGGACAUUCUAACCCAGUGUGAGUGGGGUGUUAAAUUGUGUACCCUCCCUCUAAUACUCACUACACUACUGCCUCCACCUGGUAGGACCAGGUACUGACACACACACACACACACACAGUCUUGUACAGCUAACAUUGUGGGAACACACAAUUCAGUCCCAUUCAAAAUCCUAUUUUCCCUAACCCUAAACCUAACCUUAACCCUAACCUUAACCCAAAAACCUAAACCUUAACCCUAAACCUUAGCUCCUAACCCUAAAACUAACCCUAGCUCCUAACCCUAAACCUAAUUCUAACCCUAACACUAAUUCUAACCUUAACCCUAAACCCCCUAGAAAUAGCAUUUGACCUUGUGGGGACCAACAAAAUGUCCCAAGUGGUCAAAUGUAUGUAUGUUUGCUAUUCUUGUGGGCCAGGAUCCUCUCAAAUCAAAUGAAAUUGAUUGGUCACAUACACAUGGUUAGCAGAUGUUAUUGCGAGUGUAGCCUAGUUAUUAGUGUGUGUGUGUAGUGUGUGUGUUUGUGUGUUUGUUUUUGCAUUAGAGAGCCUCUUGUCUAAUCUAAUAGGAGCGCACUGUGGCUGAUGCAUUAGGCCUGGCCUCUCCUCCUCUUCACCCCUCCUCUUCUCUCCUCCUCUUCUCUCCGCUUCUAUCUUCCUCUUCUCUCCCCCUCUUCUCUCCUCCUCUUCUCUCCUCCUCCUCUCUCCUCCUCUUCUCUCCUCCUCCUCUCUCCUCCUCUUCUCUCCUCCUCUUCUCUCUCUUCCUCUUCUCUCCCCCCUCUUCUCUCCUCCUCCUCUCUCCUCCUCUUCUCUCCUCCUCUUCUCUCCACUUCUCUCCUCCUCUUCUCUCCUCCUCUUCUCUCCGCUUCUCUCCUCCUCCUCUCUUCUCUUCUCCUCUUCUCUCCUCCUCUCCUCCUCUCCUCUCCUCCUCUUCUCUCCUCCUCUCUCCUCCUCUUCUCUCCUCCUAUUCUCUCCGCUUCUCUCUUCCUCUUCUCUCCUCCUCUUCUCUCCGUCCUCCUCUCUCCUCCUCUUCUCUCCCCCUCUUCUCUCCUCCUCUCUCCUCUUCUCUCCUCCUCUCCUCUCCUCUCCUCCUCCUCUCUCCUCCUCCUCUCUCCUCCUAUUCUCUCCUCCUAUUCUCUCCUCCUCUUCUCUCACUUCUCUCCUCCUCCUCUCUGCUCCUCUUCUCUCCCCCUCUUCUCUCCGCUUCUCUCCUCCUCCUCUCUCCUCCUCCUCUCCUCUACUACUCCUCUUCUCCUCCUCCUAUUCUCUCCUCCUCUUCUCUCCUCUUCUCUCCUCCUCUUCUCUCCACUUCUCUCUACCUCUUCUCGCCUCCUCUUCUCUCCUCCUCUUCUCUCAGCUUCUCUCCUCCUCCUCUCUCCUCUCUCCUCCUCCUCUCUCCUCAUAUUCUCUCCUCCUCUUCUCUCCUCUCCGCUUCUCUCCUCCUCCUCUCCCCCUCCUCCUCUCCCCUCCUCCUCCUUCUCCUCCUCCUCCGCUUCUCCUCCUCCUCCCUCUCUGCUCCUCUCUAUCUCUCCUCUCCUCUUCCGCGGGGUUCCUCCUCCUCCUUCUCAUCCUCCUCCUCUCUUGCCAUGCCUCCUCUUCUCUCCUCCUCUUCUCUCCACUUCUCUCCUCCUAUUCUGCUCCUCCUCGCUUUCUCCUCCUCUUCUCUCCUCCUCAGUCCUCAUCCUCCUCUUCCCCUUCGUCCGUCCUCCUCUCCUCCUCCGUCUUCUUCCGCUCUCCUCUCCUCCUCUUCUCUCCUCCUUUCCUCCCUCCUUUCCUCUCCUCCCUCUUCUCUCCUCCGUCUUCUCGUCCCUCCUCUUCUCGUCCUUCCCCUCCUCCUCUCCUCUGCAUCCUCUCCUCCUCUCCUCUUCUCGUUCCUCCUCUUGCUCAAUCCUCCUCUCCUCUCCCCUCCUCCUCCGUCUCCUCCUCUCCUCUCCUCUCCUCCUCCCUCCUCUCCCCUCCUCCUCCUCUCCUCCUCCCUCUCAUCCUCUCCUCCUCCUCUCUCCUCCUCUUCUCUCCUCCUCUCCUCUCCUCCUCUUCUCUCAGCUUCAACAGGCCUAGAUGGACUACUGCUGCAGUACAUUUACCAAAAUACUAUGUCAGGUCAGGCUGACACUGAGACCUCUGAAGAACUUCUAGAUCUUUCCUCUUUUAUAGCUCAGACACACCAGGACAACCAACGGCUCAAAGCAGUAGGUGGCCAUUGUAUCACCCCUGACCAAAAUAUCAAGCUUCUUAAAAAAGAAAAAAGAGACCAUAUUAAACAUGGGGCCAUGGGAGUCUGAAGAAGGACAAGCUUCAUCAGGCAGCAUAGAUUAUCUAACAGUGUGGAUGUGUGUGAUCUGUUAUUCUUCCAGUCUGUGUCUCAGUCUUAUCUCUGGCUCUGUGGGAAAGUCUGCAAGUCUCUAUCUGAGUCUCUCAGCACUGCUUUUUGUUCUGGUUUCUAAAAGUCAUAAAGCGCUGUUACUGUACACACACACACACACACAACACACACAUACACACACACACACACACACACACACACACACACACACACACACACACACACACACACACACACACACACACACACACCACACACACACACACACACACACACACACACACACACACACACACACACACACACACACACACCAACACACACACCACACACCACACACACACACACACACACACACCAACACACACCAACACACACACACACACCAACACACACACACGCACACACACACACACACACACACACACACCAACACACACACACACACACACACACACCAACACACACACACACGCACCAACACACACCCGCCAGCCUGUUCUUUCUCUGCUUUAUUGGUUUAAUAUGAACUGGCCAGUAGUGUUGUGUUUUCUGUGUUUAUUUGGGCCAUAGAGAUCAAAGCCCCUAACCGACCUGACCCUGUGUGUGUGUGUGGAUGAAUGAAUGCGAGAGCUUUCUGAAAGAUGUACUGAAUGUCAUGCCAAAGCCAAAACCCCAUGACUAUGAGUUUCUAUUACAGCCUUGGCCUGGCACACAUUUAAUCUGCACCACAUAUUCUCUAUCUGUCUUUGGUACCAUGAAUGAACAUUGAUAUUCUAUAUGACAUUACUACCCUGUCAAUAGAUAUGGUAUUGCUGCCCUGCCAGGGCCACUGGUACUGUAUUAGAACUGUAAUAACAUUGUAUUUGUACUAUAGUACUGACUGUUAGUAUGUGUGUGUUUCUCCAGGUCAUUGCCAGGUGGCCACCCCUCAGUGUCGUAUCCAGAAGUGCACCACAGACUUUGUGUCCCUGACGUCUCACCUGACCCCAGCGCUGGAUGGCUUUGACGUAGAGUUCUGUAAGGCUCUGAGGGCCUACAGCGCCUGCACCCAGAGGACAGCCAAGUCCUGCAGGGGCAACCUGGUCUUCCACUCUGCUGUCCUGGGCAUCUCAGACCUCAUGACCCAGAGAAACUGCUCCCGUGACGGGCCCACCUCCUCCACACACCCCGAGAUACAACCAGAGCCCUGCAACUACCACAGCCGUACCCAGCACACUCACACACACCCUCAUGCUCAUACACACCCUCACUCUCACACACACACUCACACGCAGCCGGGGUACCUGUUCUGCGGGCUGUUUGGGGAUCCCCAUUUGCGGACGUUUAAGGACAGCUUCCAGACCUGCAAGGUGGAGGGGGCGUGGCCGCUGAUUGAUAACAACUUCUUGUCUGUGCAGGUGACCAACGUUCCUGUGAUAACGGGAUCCAGCGCCACAGCGACCAAUAAGGUGAGGGGAAAUCAUUACUGUAUAUUAUUUUAAUGAAAUGAAAGCCUCUGCAUUUAACUAAUAAAAAAAAGAAAGAAAAAUAAUUAAUUUCUACAUGCUUCAGAAAAGGUGCUAGUCCACAAAGUAGAAAGUAAUACAGUAAUAAAUACAGAAAGACUGUUUUGUUUCAAUAUAAAACUAAAAUCAUUAUUUGGAGUAUGUGUCAUCUUGAAGUGAAUUAGCAUAUUGAGAAGAGAACAUGCCCCAGUAUAGAGCCCUGAGGUACUCCCUCUGUAAGACGUCUGAUAAAUGGUGGUUCUUACCCAGCUCUCCACUGAAACAGCAGUGUUGUAAAGAUGCAGUAUACAGUAAAUUCUGGGAUGGGAGAAAAGAGGUUGAGAGUGACGUUCAGAAUAAAUAAGUCGUCUAGUAUGAAGAGCUGUGCAGCUGCAGCCUGGCCCAGAUAGCUUUUAUAGCAACCCCCUUCUUUCUAUUUUUUAAACCUCUUUUUACGUGUUGCGUUUUGACUUUGCAGACUGUGUUAGUCUUUUUUGUGUUCUAGUUUGAGUUUAUUGAAUGGCUGGUGGGUGUGCGUCUAUAUUCACCUCUGAUCUGCUGUGUCUCAGAGAAAGAGCUCUUAUCAUUGAAGCAGAACACACACACUCACAGGUGCGAGGAGAGCAGAGCAAACAGUUUAGUCUUGUGACUAACACUUGUGACUAACGUGGUGUUGGAAUCCUAACUUAGUUAAUGGCUGCUUAUAGCAUGACCCCUAAUACCCUGAAAUGAGCGGCGCGUGAAAGGAACCACUGUCUGCGUGUCAGCAGAGGACCCAAGACCUUUCACACACAUAUGGCUUCAAGCAGGUUACGGUCGAGAGCGAGGGGCGCCAUACCAUAAAUGUCAAAACACGCACACGCACACAUGCACACAAAACACAGACACAGGCUGAGAAUGUUUUUAGACGUCACUAAGUCAGUUCUGUGCCUCACAAAGGCGUCUCUGUGGUGGCCAAGCAGCCAUGUUGCCCCCCACCCAGGUGAUAGUUGUACUACUGGUGCUCUGACCCUGUGUCAGGGGUGGGGCUCGCUAUUAGUUAUAAUUAUUAGCACACACACACACCCGUGACUGCGCCUGCAGCUCCUGGCCCAAUGGCUGCUUAGGCCUCAUCCCUCAUCGCUGACAACUGGACAAAGCAGUCAUUCAUGCUAUCACUAAUGCUAACCCUAAGACUGUGUGGCUAUGGCCACAGCCUUGCAGAUACAGUAGAAGGACCUGGCUAAGGCUAACACCAUGCCACUGCUAGCCGUUAGCCUGGGUGUGUUUGCUUAGCUGUGUCUGAAAAUCACGCCUUGUUAAAAAGUAAUUGGGUCAUUGCUAAAAUGUUAAUGGAAUGAGUGUUUGUGUGUGUGUGUGUGUGUGUGUGCGUGGGUGGGUGGGUGUGUUUGUGUGCGUGGGUGUGUUUGUGUAAGGCAGAGUUGGACUGAGCCCUCUGACAAAUAUGAUUUCAGCUUGUUUUCAGGGCACAUGGGUGUGUGUGUGUGUGUGUAACCAAUAAAUAAUACAGUAAAAGCCAUUUAUAGUUUAUAUUGUAGUAUUGUAUAUUAGUUGUCAGUGUGUAGUCAGUGUUCUCUUUGCUGCAAAGAAUGGGGGUUUGAACAAAACAAGUGAUAUCCUUGCUAUGUUUGUAAUAUAAGAUAUUAUAAAGUGUCUGGCAAACCUGUUUUUAACCUGCUUUACACAAAGAUUAAAGUUAUUGUGUGCCUGGGUACUCUAUGAUCAUUUUGUGUGUCCAUAGAUAACCAUCAUAUUCAAGCCCUUUGAAGAGUGUACAGACCAGCGUGUGUACCAGGCAGUAACAGAUGACCUGCCCGCUGCCUUUGUAGACGGAACCGUGAGCAGCGGAGACCCCAACCAUAACGUUAACGGAAAUAACGGUGACUCUACCGGUAAGGUACGGGCGCUGUGGAUCUCGGAGCGUAGCCCCGGUCACCACGUGGAGCUGCACGCCGGCUACAUCGGUGUGACGGUUAUCGUACGGCAGCUGGGGCGCUACCUGACUCUGGCGGUGCGCAUCCCGGAAGAGAUGGCCCAUGCCUACGACGCUACGCAGGACCUGCAGCUCUGCCUGAAUGGAUGUCCCACUUCGGAACGCAUCGACCGGGGAGGUCACCUGCCCCUGCCUCUCCCUCUACCACCUCCAGCCCUGGGCUUACAUCUCCAGCAUCCACAAGGCCAGGGCCAGGGUCAGCCCUCACACACAGCCCCAAACAGCGCCCCCCAGAGGUUCAGUGUGGAGGGUGCACGUGCACGCUGCAGGGAGCAGCUGGAGUUACAGGAUAUUUAUUUCCACUCGUGUGUGUUUGACCUCCUGACCACUGGGGACGCUAACUUCACGGCAGCGGCGUUCAGUGCUCUGAAGGACAUGGAGAGUCUCCACCCUCACCGCGAACGCUGGAGGAUCUUCCCGCCAAGCUCCGCCUACACCUCCCAGCCUAUCACAUGGCUCCUACUGCUCACACACUUUGCACUUGGCUCUGCACUGGUAUAG